AUUCUGUGUCUGACGGCUCCUGUGCGCCGGUUAUCUCGUGCCAAUCAUCCGGCUUGGAGCUCUCCCAAAAGGAAUCGAGGCGCCGCGGGGUCGAGCUCUGGGAUGCCGUGUGACGCCAUCGCUACGAACACCAGCAGCGCUCACGGCGCUCGUCCGUCGCCUCAUAUGCUCCCUCCAGCGCACCGGCUUGCGUAUCCAGCACCGGCCUCUGCAAUUGCGGCUUUUUCACGCCCCUGCACGUGAAACGCGGACGACGGGAAAGCACUGCCGUUCUGCUUUUGUUUUGACGCCGAGGUAGCUCGCACCCGUGCGAUCGGAACGGCGGCCAAUCAGCUGAGCCCAUUAGUUAUCGGCCAGGUUGUGCCAGCUUCUGACGUUCUUUUCAUCCUCCUCCUCCAUCACUCUCCCUCCCCACUCCAUCCUCGCCGCCCUCACCCACCAUGCAGAAGUUCUCGAGGCUCGGCCGCAUCGGCCAGAGCCUGGCCCAGCGGCGGCAAUUGGCGACCGUCAGCGACGCGCCGCUCUCCAAGAAGGUCGAGAUGACCAACUGGGAGAAGGGCCACUACAUCAACUACCAGAAGAUGAGCGAGAACCUCAGCAUCGUGCGCAAGCGCCUCAACCGCCCCCUCACCUUCGCCGAGAAGAUCCUCUACUCCCAUCUGGACGACCCCCACAACCAGGAGAUUGAGCGCGGCAAGAGCUAUCUCAAGCUCCGGCCUGACCGCGUAGCUUGCCAGGAUGCCACCGCCCAGAUGGCCAUCCUGCAGUUCAUGUCUGCAGGCAUGCCCUCGGUGGCCACGCCGACCACUGUGCACUGCGACCAUCUUAUCGAGGCACAGAUGGGUGGCGCGAAGGAUCUGGCCCGCGCCAACGAAAUCAACAAAGAGGUUUACGACUUUCUGUCGACCUCUUGCGCCAAGUACAACAUUGGUUUCUGGAGGCCGGGCUCUGGUAUUAUCCACCAGAUCGUCCUUGAGAACUAUGCGUUUCCCGGUGGUCUGAUGAUUGGUACCGACUCUCACACUCCCAAUGCCGGUGGUCUCGGUAUGGCUGCCAUCGGCGUCGGUGGUGCUGAUGCCGUCGACGUCAUGGCUGGCCUUCCUUGGGAAUUGAAGGCUCCCAAGGUUAUUGGUGUUAAGCUGACAGGCGAGAUGUCUGGUUGGACCGCUCCCAAGGACAUUAUUCUCAAGGUCGCUGGAAUUCUCACUGUCAAGGGUGGAACCGGUGCCAUUGUUGAAUACCACGGUCCUGGCACCGCCGCUCUGUCGUGCACGGGCAUGGGAACGAUAUGCAAUAUGGGUGCCGAGAUCGGUGCCACCACCUCCCUGUUCCCCUUCAACGACCGCAUGUACGACUAUCUCAAGGCCACUAAGAGGCAAGCGAUCGGCGACUUCGCUCGCGAGUACGCCGCGGAGCUCCACGAGGACGAGGGUGCAGAGUACGACGAGCUUAUCGAGCUCAACCUCUCGGAGCUCGAGCCCCACAUCAACGGUCCCUUCACUCCCGAUCUUGCUACACCCAUCAGCAAGUUCAAGGAGGCUGUCAAGGCCAAUAAGUGGCCAGAAGAGCUCAAGGUCGGCCUUAUCGGUUCUUGCACGAAUUCCUCGUAUGAGGAUAUGAGCCGCGCCGCUUCCAUUGCCGAGGAUGCCAUGUCCCACGGUAUCAAGGCCAAAUCUCUCUUCACCGUCACUCCCGGUUCCGAGCAGAUUAGAGCGACUAUUGAGAGAGACGGCCAGCUGAAGACCUUUGAGGAGUUCGGAGGCUUGGUCCUUGCCAACGCCUGCGGUCCUUGUAUCGGCCAGUGGGAUCGUCGGGAUGUGAAGAAGGGCGAGCCCAACUCUAUCAUCUCGUCCUACAACCGAAACUUCACCGGCCGUAAUGAUGCCAAUCCGGCUACUCAUUCCUUCGUCACCUCUCCGGACUUGGUUGUGGCUAUGACCAUCGCGGGCACCUUAUCCUUUAAUCCCCUUGAGGACACUCUCAAGGACAAGGACGGCAAGGAGUUCAAGCUCAAGCCACCGACCGGAGAGGGCCUGCCUGCCAACGGCUAUGACCCCGGACAGGACACCUACCAGGCUCCUCCCGAGGACCGCGCCUCUGUGUCUGUCGCCGUUUCCCCCACCUCGGACCGUCUCCAGAUCCUUCAGCCAUUCGAAGCUUGGGACGGCAAGGAUGCGAUGGACCUUCCUAUUCUCAUCAAGGCCCAGGGCAAGACUACCACCGAUCACAUCUCUAUGGCCGGCCCCUGGUUGAAGUACCGUGGGCAUCUUGACAACAUCUCGAACAACAUGCUUAUCGGUGCUAUCAACGCUGAUAACGGCGAAGCCAACAAGAUCAAGAACUUCAUGACUGGCGAGUACGACGCUGUCCCAGCGGUCGCUCGUGACUACAAGAAGAACGGUAUUAAGUGGGUUGUCAUUGGUGACUGGAACUACGGCGAGGGUAGCUCGCGUGAGCACGCUGCCUUGGAGCCGAGGCAUCUAGGCGGUCUUGCUAUCAUCACCCGCUCUUUCGCCCGUAUUCACGAGACCAACCUGAAGAAGCAGGGUAUGCUUCCUCUAACUUUUAGUGACCCUGCCGAUUACGACAAGAUUGGUCCAAAUGACAAGGUCGACCUCAUGUGCACUGAGCUUGCCGUCGGUAAGCCCAUGACCCUCCGCGUCCAUCCCGCCGAUGGUGGCAAGCCCUUCGACGUUAAGCUCUCGCACACAUUCAACGAGGGCCAGAUUGAGUGGUUCAAGAACGGCAGCGCUCUCAACACCAUGGCUAAGAAGAACAAAUAAACGCCCGCAACUACAGCAUCGAUAAGACAAAUGUCUGGGGAUGUAGAUAGAAGGAAGGCAAGGACUCCAGACGCAUAUGCAAUGGCUACUGUGGAUGAGGCUAUGGAUGUUGGAGGGGAGGAAAUUGAACUUUUGCAAGGUGGCGGGUCGCCAGAAGAGGGCCAGGUAGAAUUGGCAGAGCUUUCCUUUGAUAUCAUCCGGGCUCAAAUAAGGUUGGGUCUGGCUUGUACGUUUUACGGUAUUUAGCAUGCAUUUCAUUGACAUUUUCCAUGACUG